AUUGAUCGGUCAAAAUCGGACUUAUGCCACCUCUUCCAAGACUGCGGUUCGCCCCAUCGCCGACUGGAUCGCUGCAUCUGGGUGGCCUGAGGACCGCACUGUUUAAUCACCUGCUUGCGCGCAAAUGGGGAGGGAAAUGGCUGUUGCGAAUAGAGGACACCGACCAAACAAGACUCGUGGAAGGGAGUGUAGAUGAAAUACGAAGAGGGUUGGAGUGGGCGGGACUGCACUAUGAUGAAGGACCGGUAAUUGGAGGAAGUUACGGACCAUAUUAUCAGUCCAAACGAUUGGACAUGUAUCAUUCUCACGCAGAUGAUUUGCUGAAAAAAGAUCACGCAUAUCGAUGUUUUUGUGAGCCGCCACAACUCGCUGCAACCCGGUUGCGGCUGCAGCAAAGUGGCUCUAUGGCUGGCUACGACCGGACCUGCAAAAGGCUCGAACCGGCUGAUGUGAAACACCUUCUCGGUCUGAACAAACCACAUUGCAUACGGUUAUCGCUGCUGCAGACACCAGACACUCCUCCACCAGCGUUUGAGGAUCUGGUAUUCGGCACUCCUACGCCCCACCCUGUCCCAGUCGAUCCCAUCAUUGUAAAGACAGACGGGUUUCCCACAUAUCACCUUGCGAACGUCGUGGAUGAUCACGCGAUGGAAAUUACCCACGUUCUACGAGGGGAAGAAUGGUUACCAUCGGUGCCUUUGCACUUAACGCUCUACGCUUCGUUUGGAUGGGAACCACCGCAGUUCGCCCACCUGCCGUUGCUACUCAACCCUGAUGGUAGCAAAAUGAGCAAGCGUACCGGAGUUGGAGCGUUUGUCUCAGAGUACAUUGAGAGAGGAUGGGAACCUGAAGCAGUCUUAAAUUGGCUGGCUAUCGCCGGAUGGGGCGGCAAGCGUGACCCUCAUGCGCCGCCAGAUCCAGACGUAACGCCGUCCUAUCUGAGCGUGACUGAGCUGAUUCAAAAGUUCGACCUCGAUAACUUCACAAAUCGACGGACAGUGUUGUCUCCAACAAAAGUCGCCAACCUGAACAAGCAACACAUGCAAGUGAAGCUACUGAACGUAGAUGAACGCCACAAAAUAGCCGAAAGAAUGCUACCUACCCUCAAAAACAUGUACCCGGAAAGGUGA